CUGCGUCCUUCCCCGGUCUUUCUAUCCGCGAAAAAAAAAAGCAACGACCAGGCCAACGCCUCCCAUUUCAACGCAUCUUCGGAGUACUCUCGCUCGCAGAGCCUGUCUCUAUUCCUCCCUCUCUUUCCCAUUCUUUCGAUCUUUAACCUUUUUGACUCUCUUUCUCUCUCCACUCUUUUCUCUUUUCUCUCUUUUAUUCUCUAUUUUAUUCUCAAUCUGCUUCUCCAUCUCUCUCCACUCCCCUCUCCGUUCUUCGUUCUCCAUCCCCUCACCAACCGAAAGAGGCCUGUUUUGGCAUGCGAGCGGUUCCUGCGCCAUAGCUCCCUCUCACACAUGUAACAAUGUCGCACCCCGAUCUAACCUCGCAUCAUGUCAAUUAUUUAAUAUGGAGGUAUCUCCAGGAGUCGGGCCUUGGUGACGCUGCUGUAAUGCUACAGCGCGCAUGGAACCAUGAUCCGCAGGGUUUACCAUUUGCUCCCUACAUCAGAACCCAUGCGCUGGUGUCCUUGGUUCAAAAAGGUCUACAGUAUCAUGAACUCGAGAAGUCUCUCGACAAGGAAGGGAAUCCGGUCCCUUUUACCCCAUCCAGUUAUUUCUUCGGACCCCAACCACUCGAAUCGGAAUCGCUGCGCACUCCAGCUGGCCCGGCUGAAGCCGCCGCUGUUGGUGCGGACCACGCGGCGCUUGUUUCGCCAACCAGCAGAGUGGCGCGAGACGCCGCGAUCAACGGUCACCUGACAGCCGAGGCUGGCAAAAAGUCACGCAAGGGAGAUCGUUCGGAUGUCGUCGCUGUUACUGCAGCGAACGGAGAUGGGAGUUCUAUGGAAAUCGACACCAAUGGCAUCUACAAGGAUCAGGAUGAAUCCCCUGUCGCCGAUGCGACCAUCGACAAUGACGGAGAUGUAAGCAUGACUCGGUCGGAAUCGCAAGGCCAGGAACCAACCGCGCCGCCGCCGCCGCCCCCACCGCCUACCUUGGCGACCGGCCACAGCGUUGGCGUCCAGAUCAGCCCCGCCAAGGCUGCUGACCUCAGCCCCGGCACCGCCCUACUAGAUGUGGCUGGUAAUGACCACGUGACACGAACCUUGUGGCGCCCACAAGAUCCCACCGUUGUCGUGGCAGCCGGUGAUACCUUUUGCAGUCUGUGGAAGCUGUCGUCCUCGUCACAGCCAGUGCCAGAAAAGUUAGUUGAUGGCUCCGGGGAGGACACUUGCGUCUCUGCCGUGGCAUGGGACCCAACCGGUCAGAAGCUGGCCGUCGCAACCUACAAUGACAUGCGCGGCUCAAUUACCAUGUACGAUGUGCAUGGCCAUGCAGUCGACCUUUUGCCCGAGGUACCUCGCAUGAUCACAGGAUUGCAUUGGGCAGAAAGUGGCUCGCAUCUGGUUGUUGUUGCGUCGGACAGUCGGGUCUCCGAGCUGGCUCUCUGGGACGAUUCAUUACGGCCGGAUAUGUUCCCUGCGCCCCAGGUGAUUGAUGGGUCUAUCUAUGACCUGAGCUGGAUUGGGCCAAAUCAAGCCUAUGCAUGCAGCGAUGGUUCGGUCUACCAAUGUCAGGUCGACUCGAGUAUUCACAUCACCCGGACGUUCUCGUCUGGUGCACCUGACACUACAUGGACAUUUAUUCGCUGCGCCAGUGCCGGGCCCUCCUCGUCCAUGGCAGUAGCUGCGUCCUCGUUCACCGCUUCGUUCUGGAUUCCCACGCAUGAUAUGCGCCUAGACGACGCGCACCAAGGUGACAUCACGGCUCUUGAACUUCGUGCUGAUUCUCGGCAAUCUCCGUUUGUCCUGGCGUCUUCGUCGGCUGACGACACCGUCAAAAUUUGGCACAUUGACCCGGAGUCGAAACGUUUCGAGUGCAUCCACCGCUUAUUCCUCGGUCCGUCCAUUCCCGCUCUUGUUGGAUGCUUUUCACCGGAUGGUUAUGCCCUAGCGGCCGCCAGUAAGGACAGAUUGUACAUUUGGAAUGCUGAGCGUGGUGGCUCUGCCAUGGCCACAUGGGCGCUUCCAAGUUCGGAAGACGCCAAAGAAGGUCCGGACCAAGCUAUCAAUGGACACAAUGGGACGGCUGAUUCACUGCCUGAUCGGUCUCUUUCCUGGGAUACUAAUGGGAAGAAGCUUGCCUUUGGUGUUGGUCAUCAGAUGGCUAUUGUGAAUCUGCAACGCUGAAAACGGUUCAACCAUUUACAUCUAUUAUCGAAAGCGAAGCAUAUUUCAUUUGGCUUUAGCAUGUCCGGAACUUAUGAAUAUAUGUACAAGACCGGACCCGAUGACAGUUCUGCACCCUUGAAACGGACUUAUCAACUUUGGAUGUGUCACGAUCCUAAGACAUCAAUUGUCUUAGG